UUAAACAACAAGUGAUAAAGUCAUUAGCUUUAUUUCUGUGAUAAUGUAACCUGACGUUUUGAAAUAUGAAAAUAGUAUUUUUUGUGGUUUUUUGUGCCGUAUGUAUUAAAUGUUCGGAAGGGGUUAUACAGUCAAGUAUACCACGACAUUUGCUGGAAUGCUAUCGAGGCGGAGGGCCUUUUCUUGGAGCUCCAAGGAGACUUGACGUAUUUCUCUCACUCCUGAGGCGAUUGGAAUUGGAUACAAAACUUGAUUUGAGAUUGUUUAGUGCGACAUUGCUAAGAAGUCUUCGUCUCGACGGUAUCGAACAGGCUCCUAACACAGUAGAAACAGAAUUCGUCUUACCAUACCGAGCGUCUGCCUUUCAAUUUCAUAGAUACAAGUUACUAAUGGAAAUGUUUUUACCGAGUCGGAGUGAUCUUAUAAAUGUUGACGAAAGUCUGAAUACAGUAGAGAAAUGUCUUCUGCACAAAAUGAUCAGUUCCACGGUACAGCCAUGGGAACGAGGUGACGAAAGUGUCGUUUGCCCAUUAUCUGCACAGCAUCGACAUAUGCAACAAACUGCGAACAGGAUGUAUAGCAGAUGUCCAAUUGAAGAUGGUGUUAUCCAGACCGAUUGGGGAACUCUAUCCCCGGGUACACUAAUAGCAGCAAUUGCUUCUUCCUUAGAAGCACAACGUGUGACAAUUACAGAUAUCUUAAACGCAAACAUGUUCCGAGCAGAUAUAUCAGAAUCAUUACUAGAUUCAGCAAUGGAAGAUUGGUAUACAAAAACUGAAGCAUUUGAAGUUUAUGACAUGAAUUCUGAAACAAAUGUCGGUAUCAGUAACAUAUGGGCCGCGACUUUGGCAGGUGAUUUGGCAGAGGUUGUUGUAAAUCAAGGUCCUAGAGUUGGAGCAUCUUCACAUAAUUUAAUAACGGGUAGCAGUAAUCGAUGGAACGACACUCUUCUCCCAAGAGACUAUUACCUCUUUCCUCUGAAUGGGACGUUACGAAAUUGGCAUUUCACAGAUGCGGAAAUAUUAGCUGGUAUCGACGGUCUUAUAUUAGCCAAUUAUUUACCGACAUGGGUCAACCAACGACGAAGCUUACGGUUAUCGCAAGUAAUAGAGAUGUAUUAUUCAAAUGAAGGAGUAUCUUUCGAACCUUCUGUCCGCGCUUGUAACAGGCAAGCGUUGUUUUCGAAUAUCAACAUAUCGCAGUUGUUUACGGAAACUUCUAGAUUCGCACACAUUUUAUCUCUACAACAGAUAACUGUCUAUAUUCCUAAGGAUGUAAUGGAAAGGAUAACGGAGGCUGCGGUUACGGCUUUUAUGGAUUAUGUCCCAACAGUAUUGAGACAGUAUCAUAAGGAAUGUAUAAAGACGUCCAGCGUUCCAACCAUCGACUUGAUUGUGGCGACCGACUCGAGUUGGAAAGGAUAUGAAGUAGAGCAGUUUAUGUCAUGGAUAGGAGGAGCUCUGGAAUUGGAGUCCCAGCGCAGUACUAUAGCACUGGUGCACGGCAACACCGGGCAGUGGAUCGUGCCGCCCGCCGACAACUUGACAUGCUUUUACAGUACCGUCGCGAACAAUUCAAUUGAAUGGCCAAAUCGUCUAAAUCUACCGAAUAUUAUAUCACGAGUCAUCCAACACAGUCGGAACCAAACGAUGCAAGAUAUAACAGACAAGAUAAGCGCUGGACACAGCACUGUAGUUCUCGUCAUAAGCCCUACUGAUCGACAAUCUACUGACGAGAUCGAAAGUUCGAGAGUACUCAUGGCGUCCUUGCGGAGGAGUUUCUUUGACACCUACUUCGCAUACGUGUCGCGGGACACAAGAGAAUUCCAAAAUAUUAAUAACGAGUACCUUGAUUAUUCAGAAUUGUUUUUAACGGUUGAUUCAAUAUCUAUUCCAGAUGUCAUUAGGAAAGUAGAUAGUGAUUUGGUUAAAGGUAAUAUUCCAUCUAAAAUAGUCGGAGCUCAAUGUCAAGUAAAUGGCACCGAAUUUUACCAAAUACCCUACGAGGAUUUCGUGUUGCCAGGCCGUGAACAGUCGUACCGUAUCCAUCCAUUUUACUUACAACAACAAUCUGUCGUUCAUGUUCAGUUCCGAAACGAUGGCCAAGGAAAGAUAUUAGUCUGCCAAUGGCGAGGUGCUGAUGAGUCUCACUCGUGUCGCACUAUAACUGAGCGUGAAGUCUAUACUUUCAAUAUAACAAAGCCAUGUCCUUCACCGCAGUUCUGUCUUCCGGCUCAUUUCGCCGUCUCAGCGUUAACAACACAAAAUUUGUGUGCACAUAACGAGUGUCGCCUGCCUCACCAAGUAGGUUACUACAUACAACAUUCUGGUUUUCGGUGCUUGCCUCUGAUGGGCUCCGCGAUCAUAAUGUCACCGCUUUGGAAAGUGCAUCUCGCACUUUCUCUUAUGAUCUCAUUAUCUUAUUAUUUUUAAUAAAAAAUAAAUGAAUA